AUGACUGAAGUUCAGGCCACGGUGGAGUUCUCGGUGGAGCUCCAUAAAUUUUACAAUGUUGACCUGUUCCAAAGAGGGUUCUACCAGAUUCGUGCCAGUAUGAAGAUUCCACCCCGGGUGCCACACAAAAUUGAAGCCAGUCUUCUUCAUCCAAGCGGUUCUGACCUUGCAUUUCCUGCUUUAGUCCAAGACGAUGUCAUCUCCAGCAAAACGUUUCAGAUUCUGUACAAGAACGAAGAGGUUGUUGUCAAUGAUGUACUCCUCUUCAAAGUCAUGAUGCUUCUGGAUGAAAAAAAGGUGGAAGAGUCUGUCUCUAAUAUGGAUUUCCAGCUCAUCUUGGAUCUGUAUUUCACUGAUGGUGAUUACACACCAGAUGACCCAAGCUCUUUACAGAAUAUCAGCAGCCGCACACUUCGUUUGCACUUAAGCCUUCAGCGAGGCAUCCACCAGCACAUCAAUGUCAUGUUUGACUACUUCCACCUUUCUGUAAUUUCUGUAGCUAUUCAUGCCUCCCUUGUGGCACUACAUCAACCACUCAUCAGUUUUCCUCGGCCAGUAAAGAACACAUGGCUUAAUCGCAAUGCUCCCGUACAAACCAAGGACUCAGUCAUCCCACCUUUAGAGAAUGUGGUGUUUGGCAGCAAUUAUGUCAAACAAGUGUCACCAGAUGGCAGGUCAUUUCUGGUAUCUGACCACUGUGUGCAGCAUGCCCUCAGCCUCCACUAUAACAUGUGUUCCAGUCUCCUACUUGCCUACCAGGGCCUGUUUGAUUACUUCACCAAUCUCACUAAGGACCUGCCAUCCUCCCAUCGUAUGGAACUAGCCAAGCCCAGCAUGCAGGUCCUAUAUGAGCGAGUACUAAGAAGACCCUAUCCUCGAAGUCAAAGGCACGUCUACAUAGAAAAACUUGACUUGGAGGCCCGCCUUGCUGAGUUAUGCGAACAAGUAAAGCAAAAAGCAGAGUCACCUGAUGAGUUGGCAGAACUGGUUAACAUGAAUCUGGCCCAGCUCUGCUCUCUGCUCAUGGCUCUCUGGGGACAGUUUCUUGAGAUCGUUUCCCUGCAGGAGCAAGUUGCUGCACUUCUAGCUGCGGAACACCACACACUAAGAGUGAGGCGGUUUGCUGAGGCUUUCUUCUGUCUCCAACAUCCAAGACAGUCUGCUUUGGCAUAUCAGGAAUUAUAUGCUCACAGUCACCAGCAAAUGACAAAUGCCAUCAAAAGUUCCAGCUACUUUCUAUCUCUGCCUCCACUUCCAGUGGAAUGUGCGGAUUUGGAUGGUGACAUCAGCUCUCUUCCUAUCAUUUUUGAAGAUCAAUACUUAGAUUCUGUGACCGAAGAUCGUGAUGGACCCUGGCUGGGCAUGCACAACACACGAUCUGGUUCAGUGCCAAGUAAAUCCGAUAAAUCUAGUUCCAAGGACUAUGUUGCAGUUACCAGUCUACCACCACCUGAUUCUCAAUGUGCUUCCGGGAAUAAAACCUGGACAGACAGCUUUGAGCCACCCCCAAGAUCAAAAGGAAAAUCGGUCAAACUGAAGAAAAAUUCAAAGAUUGAGAAUUCCAAGAAGCUGAUUAGGCAAGGUUCCAAGGACUCAGUGGUUCUGGUAGGUUAUAAAAACCUUAAAGCUCCUUUUGCUGAUCAGAGCACCAAGUACAAGGAAGGCGAGGCACCCCUGAACUCAGAGGAUCAGGACGUAUUGCAGGUGGACUCCAUUAGUUGUUUAAGGACUAAUGAUAUUUCUUUCUCCGACCCUGAUGCCUCAUCAUCAAACUUUGCAAGGAGUGUGCUUGAUUCUGUUUCUGAUGAUAAUAGAACUUCUACUGCUGCUACUCUUCAGAGAGGCACCGAAACUCUCUCUUUGUGCCAUCAACAAUUGAACAAUGAUGACCAAGUUGACAAUUGUCAUCAAAAACUAAUGCAGUGUUCUGCUGGACCUAAGCAAAUUGAAGUUAAACCAAGUCUCAAGAACCAAGGUGGCAUCGUCACAGUUAUUAGGCCAUGUCAGACUGAUGCGACUAUGGAUAGCAAUAUUCCAGAAAUUGCCCAGGCUGAAUGUUACUCUAAUCUGUCUGAGGUGGAAACAACACAACAGUGCCAGCAUUCCUGUCCGGUUUCGGUACAGGUAAAGAGUGAUUGUAUCAGGCUGCCCGAUGGAGCAGCCCCGAGUGCCUCUUCCCGCCUCUCAGACUCUGGCAUUGAGAGUGAGCCCAGUUCCUUUGCAGCUCAACUUGUUUCAGGGCCACAGAUUGUUCAAGAACUCGCAGUUGAGUCAACUAUGGCUGGCCUGCAGCCAGAGAAAACUACAGUCAGUUGUGCACUCAGACCUGUCCAGCAAAGUAUAGUGCAAGAGCACUGUAAGUUAGCUGAAGUUCUUCACCAAGAAGAUAAUCGUGUUGCCAAAAGAGUUCAGUCAUCGCUCACUUCUAUCAACUCCUUGCCCUCAGACGAUGAGGGUGAAGGUUCCUCUAGGGGAUCAAGUGGAGCUGAUGUAUUCGGCAAAAGGUCUAGUGUUGUGGUACAGGAGCAGAGUGUUGUGUUUUCUGGAGAGGACACAAAUAAACUUGCUGUUGAUGUGGCCUGUCCCCCUGACUCUGAAACGGUAGAUUCCCAGGUGGUAAAAUCUGUUUUCCAAUUGGAAGUAGAAUCCAGCAUUGUUGAUAAUUCUGAUGUGAGACUGGAGGAGGCAUCUUGCCUUGAGACCUCGAAAGGAUCUCGUAGUGAACCCCAAACAGCAUGCCCUUCAAGUAACUCUGCCACUAGUAGCACUGACCUGGUAAAACGAGGCAUGGUAGAGAAUUAUUUCGGCUCAACUUCCAGCACAGAUGCAUCAGAGAUCAGCCCUGUAGAAACUUCUGCGAUCACUCUGGGAAUCCAAACAGGACCUCAGAUUGAGGAGGAUGAGGACGAGAGUGAGCAUGAAAUGAUAGAGAAUGGCUACUACGAGGAAGGAGACGGCUAUGCUUUUCUCAAUGGUGUAGCUGAUGAAGAGCCAGCCAGUAUUGAUGACAUGGCUGGUCAGGAGACACAACUUCUGUUUGAGCAGCUUGGCAUCGACAACAUCCACGAAAAGCAGGAUUCAUCCAAAGCUCCUGUCCGCUGCGAUGUCGCCUCUGGUAGUAUUGGGCAGAGCGCAAGAAGGCGCUAUCCAUCUACCUCAAUGUCUUGUAAUCUAAAGUGGUAUGAAUGUGUUCCUACACCACUGGAGAAAGAGUUCAUCAAGGCUAAGGAAGAAAUGAAGCAAUUGAAACUACCAGGCAUCUUGUACAGUGAAGUGCCAGAGUUGGCAUCCACAGUACCCUACUUCAGUUUGGAAGAAGAUGAAAGCUGUGACGAGGGCAUUCAUCUUAUCAUUUGCGUGCAUGGCCUGGAUGGCAACAGUGCAGACCUCAGAUUAGUGAAGACUUACUUGGAACUUGGGCUCCCUGGUGCUCGCAUUGACUUCCUUAUGUCAGAGCGAAACCAGAAUGAUACCUUUGCUGACUUUGAGUCAAUGACAGACAGGCUGUUGGAUGAAAUAGUCCAGUAUAUUCAAAUUUACAACCUCACUCUUUCAAAAAUAAGUUUUGUGGGUCACUCACUGGGGAACCUGAUAGUCCGCUCUGUACUGACUAGGCCCAGGUUUAAAUGUUACCUGAGCAGGUUACACACCUUUCUUUCCCUAUCUGGACCUCAUUUGGGUACAUUGUACAACAGCUCAGCACUUGUCAACACGGGCCUUUGGUUCAUGCAAAAGUGGAAGAAGUCAGGAUCACUGCUACAGCUGACUUGUCGUGACCACUCAGAUCCUCGACAAACAUUUCUCUAUCAGCUCAGCAAGAAAUCUGGUCUGCAGUUUUUCAAAAAUGUGGUUCUGGUUGGAUCGCUACAGGAUCGCUACGUCCCCUAUCAUUCAGCACGGAUAGAGAUGUGCAAAACUGCAGUAAAGGAUAAACAAACUGGUCCCGUAUAUGCUGAGAUGAUUGAAAAUCUGCUGCUGCCAGUACUCCAGAGCAAAGACUGCAACCUCGUCCGAUAUGAUGUCAUCCAUGCGCUUCCCAACACGGCCAAUUCUCUCAUCGGUCGGGCUGCCCACAUCGCUGUCCUCGAUUCCGAGAUCUUUUUGGAGAAGUUCUUCCUUGUUGCCGCCCUCAAGUUCUUUCAGUAA